UGACUAUCGUUGUCUCCACUCUCCAGCCUUCAUUGUCUUGCGAGUAAUAACCUGACAAGUGACAAUUAGUGACGUCUUGCAAUAUUGUGAAUCAGCAAAAUAUACACAAUAUUAUACAUAUUAAUAUUGUGGAUUUAAUGACCUUUAUUGCUGCAAAACAAAUGGAAACAAUUUAUAAUUGUUAUAUUUUGUGUUGAUUGAGAUGAUAUUGGGUUUCUAUUUAGUCCGUUAUUAAUUUAUUAAACAAUUGAAAUACUGCAUCAAAUAUUGGUGCCUUUUGCAAUCAAAAUCUUUGAGCUACUGAACGUACGUUUCCAGUAAUCAUAUUAUAAGCCAGUGGCGAGGUGAAGGCUGAUUUUGAAGCCUGUGCCUCAACUAAAAUCAGGUCUGGCAUUGCCGGCUGUGUAAGAUCAAUGAUAAUAAUAAUUUUGAGGUUAUGGUGACUACUAGGUAUUCCUGGCCAUGGCUCAUGAUGUAACUCACAAACAGUGAGAGAAGUUCUAUCAUCUAUAGUUAACAAACAAUGGCCCAAGAAAAUAUAAUACACGGACCUGCAAUUCCUGAUUAUUUGUUAAACAGUAAAUCAAAUUUAAGUCAGCUCUUUAUUCGAUUACUCAAUGAACUUGGAAAUAAAACUGCGAUGGUUGAUAUUCAUGAUGGGUCUUCAAUCACAUUCAGUAAAAUUUUACACGCAAGUUUCAAUAUAGCAAACUACUUAAAGUAUGAGUUUGGAAUACAAAAAUCUGAUAUUGUUGGAAUAUUUAGUGAAAAUACAAUUUGGUAUCCAUCUCUUGUAUUGGCAGUAUGGCAUGUUGGCGGCAUUUGUGCAUUGUUCAAUCCCAUGUAUAAUACUAAGGAAUUAACACAUGUGCUAAAUAUAACUAAACCAAAAAUUAUGAUAACAUCAAAAAUGGGGUUGGAAAUUGUAAGAAAUACUGCCAAACCACUGGAUUUUAUCAAAUAUGUUUGUCCUAUUGAUAUUCUUUGCAAUACUAGAAUAAUUGAAGAAAAUAAUAACUUUGUACCAAUUCCAUACGACAAUAAACAGACCUGUGUGAUAUUAUUUUCUAGUGGAACAACUGGUUUACCUAAAGGAGUAGAGUUGUCACAUAAAUCUAUAUUUCUUAUGGUUUCUAUCUUAAAUUACAUUGAUAAAUUUGCAUCUAAAACUGAUACUAUGAUGGGUCUUGUACCUAUGUUCCACGGAUAUGGAUUACUGGUAAUAUGUAUGUGCAUGUCAAUUGGCAGUAAGGUCAUAGUGCUUAAAUAUUUUGAUGAAGAAUUAUUUUUAAAAUCUAUCGAAGUUCAAAAAAUUACAGUUUUAUUUGCUGUACCGCCGCUGAUGAUAUUUCUGGCUAAACACCCCUUAGUAGACAAAUACAAUUUAUCAUGCUUGAAUGUUAUAUAUUCUGGUGCGGCUCCAUUAUCUUUAGAUAUUGAAAAUGAAGUAGUCAAUAGGAUAGGUAAAGGUAAACCAUUAAAAGUAUUUCAAGGAUAUGGAAUGACUGAAUUAUCUAUCUUAUCAACAUUUCCUGGACAAAAUGAAGCUGAACAUGUUAGCGGUUCGGUUGGGAAAUUGAUAUGUGGCAUGUCAGGAAAAGUGAUUGAUUUAAAUAAUGGUAAAUCAUUAGGAGUAAAUAAAACUGGUGAACUGUGUUUCAAAGGGCCCAUGGUCAUGAAUGGUUAUUAUAAGAACCCCGAAGAAACAACAACAACAAUUGAUGGUGAAGGAUGGCUUCAUACAGGGGACGUUGGAUACUUUGAUAAAUAUUAUAAUUUUUAUAUUGUUGAUAGACUCAAAGAACUUAUCAAAUAUAAAGGAUACCAGGUGGCACCUGCAGAAUUAGAAUCGCUGUUAUUAACACAUCCCGAGAUUCAAGAUGUGGCAGUUACUGGACUUCCGAAUCUGGAAGCUGGAGAACUUCCAAUGGCAUUUGUAGUUAAAGUACCUAAUUCAGCUCUCAAUGAGAAAGAUGUUGUGCAAUUUGUUCACAAAAAUGUUUCAGCCCAAAAGCGUCUUAGAGGAGGUGUUCGAUUUGUGAAUAGUAUUCCAAAAAAUCCAAGCGGUAAAAUUUUGCGUAGAGUACUUAAAGGCUUAAUUAAUCAAUCAAAAUUAUAAAAACGAAUAGUUAAUUUUAUAGAGGAUACUUAGUGUACUAUGUGGUCAUGUAGACAGUUUAUUUGAGGAAAAUAUUGAAAUUUAUGUUUAGAGAUUUAUUAUUGUUUUUAGUUUUAAUAAA